AUGUCUAGGAAACUAAACAUCCGAACCAUUGCCGUGUACACAGAGCCUGAUGCUGCCUCGACCCACGUCCGUCUGGCCGAUCAAGCGGUGUUACUAUCUGGUCCUCCCUCAAGGGCAUAUCUCGAUGGGGAUCAAAUUAUUGAAAUAGCCAAAAGUUACCACGCAGACGCCAUCAUCCCUGGUUAUGGAUUUCUUUCCGAGAAUGCGGAAUUUGGAAGGGAGGUCGCUCGUGCGGGCCUUGUCUUUGUAGGACCUUCUCCCGAGAGCAUCGAAGCUUUCGGACUGAAGCAUACUGCCAGAGAACUAGCCACAGCCGCUGGAGUUCCCAUAGUACCAGGUUCUGGCCUGGUUACAAGCGAGGAGGAAGCUGCUGAGGUAGCUACCAAAUUGGGCUUCCCGGUCAUGCUCAAAGCUACCGCCGGUGGCGGUGGGAUGGGCUUACUUACAUGCCAUUCAGAUUCAGAGGUACGACAGUCGUUUGAGACUGUGAAAUCCAGAGGCGAGUCUCUGUUCAAGAACGCUGGGAUGUUUAUUGAACGUUACUACCCGUCAAGCCAUCACAUCGAGGUACAAGUUUUCGGCAAUGGACAGGGGAAGGCUAUUUCUUUCGGUGAGCGUGAAUGUUCCAUCCAGCGCAGACAUCAGAAGGUAAUAGAGGAAUGCCCAAGUCCCUUUGUGACGAGAAAUCCUGGUCUACGUCAGAAAUUGGGAGAAGCUGCCGUCCGACUAGCCGAGUCGACAAAGUAUGGUUCUGCUGGGACAAUUGAGUAUCUGGUUGACGAUGAGACGGGUGCAUUCUUCUUCCUGGAAAUGAACACACGCCUGCAGGUUGAGCAUGGCAUUACUGAACUUUGCUACGGGGUUGACUUGGUGCAGCUCAUGCUGGAGCAAGCUGAUGCUCAGCUGUCAGGAAAGGGCGGUCUGGAACCGUCUCGCCUGGCAAAGCUGUCGCAAAUAACCCCGUCUGGUGCUGCUAUUGAAGCCAGAGUAUAUGCAGAGAACCCUGUUAAGAAUUUUGUCCCAUGUCCUGGAACUCUACAAAGCGUGGAGUGGAAAGAACUCCCAGGAUCGAGGAUUGAUACCUGGGUCUAUAGAGGCAUUAAGGUAUCGGCGAACUACGAUCCUCUGCUUGCAAAGGUUAUGUACCACUCCCCAACAAGGGCACAGACAAUACAAGGAAUGCGAACUCUCUUGACAGAGUCAUGUAUCUGUGGCCCGCCAACGAACCUGGAGUUUCUAGCGAAAAUACUUUCAGACGAUAGUUUUGUUACCGGAAAUACCUUGACAAGGUUUCUAAAUGACUUCCAAUUCAGUCCUGCUGCGAUUGAUGUCAUUUCUAGUGGUUCUUAUACGCUCAUUGAGGACUGGCCUGGACGCCCGACCCUUGGGAAAGGAUUCUGUCAUUCUGGGCCAAUGGAUCCGGUAUCGUUCCAAAUUGCAAAUGCCCUUGUUGGUAAUCCGGUCGGUCUCGAGGCCUUGGAGAUUACUCUAAGCGGGCCAGAUUUGCACUUUCUGGGACCAGCUAUUGUUUCCCUCUGCGGAGCACCAAUGGAAGCGAAGCUCGACGGUGUUCCCAUUUCAAUGUGGUCUCGCAUCAAGAUAUCAGCCGGUCAACGAUUGACUAUUGGCAAAACUACCGCAGGUGGCUGUAGGGCCUACCUUGCUGUAUUUGGAGGUUUCCCGAACAUCGCCAAGUGGUUUGGGUCAAAAGCAACAUCUCCUAUGGUCGGCGUUGGAGGCUACCAGGGACGACAGCUGGCAUCUGGUGAUCUCCUAUCCAUUACGAGUACGAUUCCAGACAUCGAAGGUGAUCUAUUCUUGCCAGAGAAUCUCAUCCCCAAAUAUCUUGAUCGCUGGGAGCUGCUGGCUAUGCCUGGACCGUAUGACAAAGGUUACAUUGCCUCGGCAAGCAUUGAUAUGUUAUAUAAAACCGACUGGAAGGUUUCCCACAACGCAGCAAGAGGCGGAAUCCGGCUCAUUGGGCCAAAACCCAUCUGGGCACGCUCCGAUGGUGGAGAGGGCGGCGCACAUCCUAGCAAUGUCAUCGAAUACGGAUAUCCAAUAGGUACACUUAAUUGGACAGGUGACGACCCUGUUAUGUUGCCAGUUGAUUGUCCUGAUUUAGGAGGCUUCGUGUCAAGCCAUACGAUCGUGAAGGCAGACCUGUGGAAAUUAGGGCAGGUUAAGGCCGGGGAUUUUAUCAGAUAUAAGGCUGUCUCCUGGGAGGACGCAUAUUCUGCUCGCAUGGACACGGAGAAGUUUGUCAAUGAGGUUGUUAAAUGCUGCGCUGAAGGCGGGUUCACUGACGUCCUCCCUUUGGAGACGGUUCGUCCUUCCGGACUGAAGAGUGAAGAUCGUGGUAGCGGUGUCAUUCUACAAAUAGAAGAGAGUGGGAACCAGCCCCUUGUUUCUUAUAGACAAGGAGGCGACGACUAUCUCCUCGUUGACUAUGGUCAUGGUGCAUUCGACCUAAAUCACCGCUGCAGGGCCAUGGCCUUGAAGAAACGCUUAGCCGAAGCAACUGGAGCCAUUACCUUUUCAUCGGGGCUAAUAGGAACUGUAGGCUGUGGAAAUUCCCUGAUGAUCUACUACGACGGCGGAAAAAUCACACAGAAGGACCUACUCAACCACCUCUGCAACAUGGAAACGGCCCUUGGAGACCUGAGCGCAGCCAAAAUGCCUAGCCGCAUAUUCAAACUCCCUCUCACCUUCAAAAGCAAGAGGCAAGAAGAAGCAGUGCAGCGCUACAUGGAAACCCAACGGCCUUAUGCGUCCUAUCUACCGGAUAACAUGACGUUUGUAGCGAAGAACAACGCCUUCACGAUCGAAGAAUUCGAGAACGUCUUCCUCACUGCCCAGUUCAUGGUUGUUGCUGUCGGGUUCUUCAUGGCCCUCCCGCUUUCGCUCCCUGUUGAUCCACGGCAACGUAUGAAUUGCCCCAAGACGAAUCCUAGCAGGAUCUACACGCCUGCAGGAUCUGUGUCGUGGGGUGGAAGCUGUAUGGCCCUAUACAACGUCGACUCCCCAGGCGGCUACCAACUAACCGGCAUGACCAUCCCCGGCGUCGACAUACUGGGCUCAAAAACCGGGUACAGCUCCACAAAACCCUGGCUCUUCGAAGACUUCGACCAAAUAACCUUCUACCGCGUCACGGAAGAAGAAUACGAAAAGGAACUCGCCCUAUUCAAUAGCGGUCGAUACGAAUAUCAGUACGAGAACGUCCUCUUUGACAUGGCUGAACAUAAUAAACUCCUUCGAAACACGCGCGAUGAAGUUUCGAGCAUUCGAACGCGGCAGCGGAGUGCACAGGCGGAGAUGGAUAAGCUCGAGGAUGAAUUAUUGAAGAAGUGGCAUGAGGAGAAGCAGGGGAGGGAGGUUCCUAUGGAUGAGAUUGAGGAGUUGUUGAAAGAUCCACAAAUCCACAGCAUCGAGUCGCCCCUAAGUGCCAACGUCUGGAAAGUCCAAGUUAAACCUGGAGAUGUAAUCAAGACGGAACAAAUACUUACGGUCCUCGAAGCCAUGAAGCUUGAGAUUGCUGUUCGUGCCGACCCGGCCGUGGAGGGUGCCACGGUGGAGAAGGUAUUGAUUAAACCGAAUGAUGUGGUGGAGGCUGGGAAGAGUAUGAUUCUGGUGCGGAAGAAAGCAGGUACAUCUUGAAGGAGGGAUAGGUCUAUUUCAUGCGAAUCUGGAAUGAGUUUGUAUAUAUCCAAUAUACUCCAUGCUGAAUGAACCAUGAUAUUCCCUCGAGUAGGAUGGCAGGAUGCAUCCAUGCUGUGGGAUCAUAGACAUG